GACCCCCGGCGAACGAACAGCAGAUGAAGAUGGAUAUCAGUAAAGGGAAGCAUCCUCACAAAGACCAUUCCACGGGUUACCCAACCCAUUCGCAUCUCUUGUCUUCCGGCGCAUCCAAAAUCUUCGCGCCGUCCUCCAUUCUCCACCCGCAGCGAGCUUUCACUGCACGCUUGAACGCUGCCGAACAGCGUUCGAGCGACAAUCCAGAACAUCAGGAUCAAACUGCAGCCAGUUCGUCCAAAACUGGAGAACACGCCGAGCACCUUCAGACGUCGCCGUCUGAGGGUUACACUCCUGACCUAGCAAAAUCGGUGCCGCUCGAGCCGAAUCGCCAGUCUUUGAUUGAAGACAUUAUUGCGCUGUAUAGCUGCCAGCCGACAGUGCAGCGGGUCAAGCGGUACAAUUUUGAUUGCGUGUACGAUGACCAUUUUAUCCAUAUCAGUGAUCGCGACCACUACAAAGUGGCAGAUCUGUGGGUUGCGCUGCCAAAAUUGUUCAAAGAAAGCAAGAACAAUGGAUACCAAGUCAUCAAAAACGAGCGGGCCUUUAUUCAGCUCAAGAUUGACCAGACUUGGGUCUUUGGAAGUUCUUCUAAGACAGCAAGGGUCAUUAGCCUUGUCUCACUGUCCCUAGAUCCCGACACUGUUGACUCAGACUUCAUUCAGGUCAGGUGUCACAACGACCAGAUCACCGAUCAAGACCAUGGUUAUGGUUACGAAGGGUUGGGUUCCAUUUUCAAAAAGUGGCAGGCCGACAACGUCGCCAGGUACAUGGAUAGCCCGGAGGCUGCGGAAUCUGAUGCAGAUCGGAGUGCGGCAAAGGAGCUUGUUUAAAAAUAUGGCAUUGGCAAAAUUGAAAGCAACGCACCCAAGGAUCAGUGUUUUACGAAGAAGUACGAACGGCAAUAUCGGAUUCAGGGUGGUACACAAAAAAGUUG